AUGACCGAAGGAGGGGAUUCAGAUAGUCAGUGGAGUGAUGACUGCCUCUGGCCUCGUCGACUGCUCCAUGUAGCGUCUAUGACAUCCUAUCCCUGGAGCCCAGGCAACAAAUACGGAUCUUACACAGAGCCCUACUAUAACGCCGUAUCUUAUACCUGGGGUCGGUUCCGAUACAAGGACGAUCAUCCAGAAUAUGAGAAAACACGCCCCCUCGCUGUCAAUGGUGUCUCUUGGCCACUUCCACGGAUGCGCCCGUCUCAUUUCACGGCCGAUGAUAUGCAUGAACUUCUCAAGGCUGCUACAUGUCCUGAAGAUGAAGAAUACGCUGUGGAGUUUAUAUGGCUCGACGUGGCUUGUAUUGAUCAGACGAAACCACAUACGCCAGAAUAUUACAGUGAGGUUGGAAGACAAGGCAGGAUAUUCCAAGGUGCGAGUGAGGUGGUGGUAUGGCUCACUACAAUAGGAAGCCAAAAGAUGAUAGAGUGGUGGCAACGCAUGAGCAGGGCUAAGACUCCACUAAAACAAGUACUGGUUGGCAGUGUCGAAGAUUAUGAUGUGGACGAGUGGUUACGACGACUCCUGGCAGAGUUUCAGGAUCUUAGGAAAGAUCCAUGGUUUACUUCCUUGUGGACUCUCCAGGAGGCCUUCCUCUCUCCCUAUGCUGUUAUUUUCCUGAGAGAUGGCAAAUCCUUCUUUCGCUGUGUUGACGAUGUCUCUUCUGGAGGAUAUCUAUCCCAUCUCAUUACCGUCUGCCAGAAGAUGUAUAGCUUCCUUGAUCAGUUUCAACGAUCUGUAUCCCGAAAAGCUACAUUUGACCAAAAACUAUUUGACGCUGUCAAGAGUGAGAUUGAAGCUUUUGGAUUCCUCGAAGGAUUCAACGAAGGAACGUCCGUGCUCAGAACGCUGGAGCUUGGUUAUGAUACCAGCUCAGCAUGGAUGGGCAAUCCGUUGAUGCUCCUACAAGCUUCGCAUCGACGAACGUGCUACGAGAAGACGGAUCGUGUGAGAGGCAUCAUGCAGGUAUUUGGGCUGCAGUUGGGCGAAUCAGCACCUGACCAUAUCCCGGGAAAGACGUACAGUCUACCUGAACUAGAAGAUCAACUAGCAACAGAAUUACUUCGGAUUUACCCCAUUUCCAGUCAGCUAUCCAUACAAGAUCGUUCUUGUCCACCGCGGGGAGCGUGGAGAGUCAACUCGAGCAUGACGAUGAUGCGAUUCUCUGAGCUGCUCUGGCGGCAGAUGAUCGGGCCGGAUGGAUCCUCAGUUGACGAACAAGACCUUGUAGCAGAGUCAUAUGGAGCGACGCUUGAGGCAGCAAUGUUUGAAGACAUUCUCAUGGCUGGAUUUGAAGGUAGUUUCACCAAGAUGAGCACGUUCUUCAAAGUUAUGGAAAAUUGCAUUGGCUCUGAUACCGUAGAGGUUGAGCUGGAACAUAAGUAUCAAGACGCUGUCCAGGAAGUGUAUCCAGAGGAUGUGUUGAACCGGACUCAGAAGCUAUCAUGGUUAGCAGAUCAGUCUGAAGACCGAAAAAUUGGCAUUCUGUUUCUAGCAUUGGUCGGGCCACCACCGAACGCGCCCGAGCUGGAGAACGUAUGGUUUAGGUGGUGCAUUGGAUUGAUGCUGUGCCAGGAACCUGGACAACAGGAUGUCUUUGAGAAGGUUGGUGUCGUCACGUGGGAUCUUCAAGCCAUUGAACAAGUAGGGAAGGAUAGGAGACCUCGGUCAACCGACGAAGUGCUAGAUGCGGACAAUUAUCUGCUUGUGGAUGGCCCAGCUAUAGAGGUUAUUGUUUCCGUCACUGAAACUACAUUCAAUGUUACCCGACAUAUGCGCAUUAUCUUCUGGAUUCACCCUCUGCGUCUGUAA